GUCACAUGAUUGGACAUUUGCCCUCCAGCUAACUUUACUUAUGUGGAAACAGCUAUGUUGAAUUUGGUUAUAAAUUUAGUGUUUUACAGUAAAAAUUCAAGCAGUAUGAUGUCCAAGAGUUGAGAAACGGUUCAUAUAAAGACUGUAGAAUGUUUCUGUAUAUUAUGAAAAAUCCAUUCCUAUUUUACAACAUGUGGAUAACAGAGAAUUUCCCAAUAAUGUAACCAUCAUGUGAAGUAGGGAGCUGUGUGGGAUCUCCCUGAUCCAAAAAAUAAGACAUUGCAGUCUUUCCUACAGGAAUCUUCAGUCAUAGUUUUUUGAUAACGUUAAAAGAAGAGGGGUAACAAAAUGCCUCCACGACCAUCAUCCGGUGAAUUAUGGGGCAUGCACUUGAUGCCACCAAGAAUCCUAGUAGAAUGUCUUCUACCUAAUGGUAUGAUAGUGACUUUAGAAUGCCUCCGUGAGGCCACCUUGUUAAAUAUUAAACACGAACUCUUUAAAGAAGCUAGAAAAUACCCUCUCUACCAGCUCCUUCAAGACGAGUCAUCUUACAUUUUUGUAAGUGUUACACAAGAAGCAGAAAGAGAAGAAUUCUUCGAUGAAACACGUCGAUUAUGUGACCUGCGGCUCUUCCAGCCUUUUUUAAAAGUUAUAGAACCAGUGGGCAACAGAGAAGAAAAAAUUCUGAAUCGAGAAAUCGGUUUUGCUAUUGGUAUGCCUGUUUGUGAAUUUGACUUGGUGAAGGAUCCAGAAGUUCAGGAUUUCAGAAGAAACAUUCUUAAUGUUUGUAAAGAAGCAGUAGAACUACGAGACGCUAAUGCGCCCCAUAGCAGAGCAUUGUAUGUCUGUCCCCCAAAUAUAGAAUCAUCUGAUCUACCAAAGCAUAUAUACAAUAAACUUGAUAAAGGACAAAUAAUAGUAGUGAUUUGGGUUAUAGUCUCCCCCAAUAAUGACAAACAGAAGUACACCUUAAAAAUCAAUCACGAUUAUGUGCCAGAACAAGUAAUUGCUGAAGCAAUCAGGAAAAAAACACGCAGUAUGUUGCUAUCAUCGGAACAGCUGAAACUCUGUGUGUUAGAAUACCAGGGGAAGUAUAUUUUAAAAGUCUGUGGCUGUGAUGAGUAUUUGUUAGAAAAGCACCCACUGAGUCAGUAUAAGUAUAUUCGGAGCUGUAUCAUGCUUGGCCGAAUGCCCAAUUUGAUGCUGAUGACUAAAGAGAGUCUUUAUGCCCAACUGCCAUUGGAUACAUUUGCAAUGCCAUCUUAUUCUAGGCGUAUUUCUACAGCUACUCCGUACAUGAAUGGGGAAGCUUCUGCCAAAUCUCUCUGGGUUAUUAACAGUCAUCUGAGAAUUAAGAUUCUCUGUGCUACUUACGUAAAUGUAAAUAUUCGGGACAUUGACAAGAUUUAUGUCCGAACUGGUAUCUACCAUGGAGGAGAGCCUUUAUGUGAUAAUGUGAAUACUCAAAGAGUACCUUGCUCCAAUCCUAGAUGGAAUGAAUGGCUGCAGUAUGAGAUGCUCAUUCUUGAUCUUCCACGUGCUGCUCGGCUUUGCCUUUCCAUCUGCUCUGUUAAAGGCAGAAAGGGUGCAAAAGAGGAGCACUGCCCAUUGGCGUGGGGAAAUAUUAACAUGUUUGAUUACACAGACACUCUUGUUUCUGGCAAAAUGGCUCUGAAUCUGUGGCCUGUACCUCAUGGGUUAGAAGACCUUCUUAAUCCCAUUGGAGUCACUGGAUCCAACCCAAAUAAGGAAACUCCAUGUUUGGAACUGGAAUUUGAUUGGUUUAGCAGUCCUGUCAAGUUUCCUGACAUGUCAGUAAUAGAAGAACAUGCCAACUGGACUAUAUCUCGAGAACAAGGAUUUAACUACAGCCAUGCAGGGCUGAGUAACAGAAUAGCUAGAGAUAAUGAGUUAAGAGAGAAUGACAAAGAGCAGCUCCGGGCAAUUUGUACUAGAGACCCCUUAUCUGAAAUAACUGAACAAGAAAAAGACUUCCUUUGGAGCCACAGGCACUACUGUGUAACUAUGCCAGAAAUCCUACCUAAACUUCUUUUGUCUGUUAAAUGGAAUUCUAGGGAUGAAGUAGCCCAGAUGUACUGCUUGAUAAAAGACUGGCCUUUUAUCAGGCCUGAGCAAGCAAUGGAGCUUUUGGACUGCAAUUAUCCAGAUCCGAUGGUGCGAGCCUUUGCAAUUCGGUGUUUGGAAAAAUACUUGACAGAUGACAAACUCUCUCAGUAUUUGAUUCAGCUGGUGCAGGUUCUGAAGUAUGAGCAAUACUUGGAUAAUCUCUUGGUGAGAUUUUUACUCAAAAAGGCACUGACUAAUCAAAGAAUAGGACACUUCUUCUUUUGGCAUCUAAAGUCUGAAAUGCUCAAUAAAAAUGUGAGCCAGAGGUUUGGUCUGCUCUUGGAGUCCUACUGCCGAGCUUGUGGGAUGUACCUAAAACAUCUGAGCCGGCAAGUGGAAGCUAUGGAAAAAUUGAUUAACCUCACAGAUAUCCUUAAACAGGAGAAAAAGGAUGAAACACAAAAGGUACAGAUGAAAUUCCUUGUGGAGCAAAUGAGGCGGCCAGACUUCAUGGAUGCUCUGCAGGGCUUCAUAUCUCCUCUCAAUCCUGCUCAUCAGCUUGGAAACCUGAGGCUUGAGGAAUGCAGGAUUAUGUCUUCUGCCAAAAGGCCAUUAUGGCUUAAUUGGGAAAACCCAGAUAUUAUGUCUGAGCUGCUAUUUCAGAACAAUGAGAUCAUCUUUAAAAAUGGGGAUGAUCUACGCCAGGAUAUGCUUACACUUCAAAUAAUUCGAAUUAUGGAGAACAUCUGGCAAAAUCAAGGCCUUGAUCUCAGGAUGCUGCCUUAUGGUUGCUUAUCCAUUGGUGACUGUGUGGGGCUUAUUGAGGUUGUGAGAAAUUCACAUACAAUCAUGCAGAUCCAGUGCAAAGGUGGCCUAAAAGGUGCACUGCAGUUCAACAGCCACACAUUACACCAGUGGCUUAAAGACAAGAACAAAGGGGAAAUGUAUGAUCCAGCUAUUGAUUUGUUUACUCGCUCAUGUGCUGGCUAUUGUGUAGCUACUUUUAUAUUGGGAAUUGGAGAUCGUCACAACAGCAAUAUCAUGGUAAAAGAUGAUGGGCAGCUGUUUCACAUUGAUUUUGGACACUUUUUGGAUCACAAAAAAAAGAAGUUUGGCUACAAACGGGAGCGUGUGCCAUUUGUCUUAACACAAGAUUUCUUGAUAGUGAUUAGUAAAGGAGCACAAGAAUGUACCAAAACAAGAGAAUUUGAAAGGUUCCAAGAGAUGUGUUACAAGGCGUAUCUGGCAAUUCGACAGCAUGCCAACCUCUUCAUAAACCUCUUUUCCAUGAUGCUUGGUUCAGGGAUGCCGGAACUGCAGUCUUUUGAUGACAUUGCAUACAUACGCAAGACUCUUGCACUAGACAAAACUGAGCAGGAAGCACUUGAGUAUUUCAUGAAGCAGAUGAAUGAUGCUCAUCAUGGUGGCUGGACAACAAAAAUGGACUGGAUCUUCCACACAAUCAAACAGCAUGCCUUGAACUAAAGUCAAGAUAAUGAAAAACUGAUGGCCCUAUUUUUGGCUGUUCCACUGCACUGUUGUCUGUUGGCAGUAAAAAAAAAAAAAAAAACUUGUUGCAUCACAGUUGCACUAACCAAGAACAGCGUUUGAACUUCCAGCAAGGUUAAAAAUGCAAAGCUAUUUAAAUAAAUAAAACAUUUGUAGUGUUUUGAACACUAUAAUUCAUGCAUUUCAAUAUGUAACUUUCCUAUAUGUGUAGUUGUGUUAUGCCUUAAGUGUAAGAAGGUAAACUUGGAGAUUUGUUCAUCUUGGUUUAUUUAAUUGAGAAUUUGUGCCAGCAUAAUAACCCAGUCUUUCGCAUGUCCAGUCUUUCACAUGGUGAAAAAAGGAUUCAGAUGGGUUACAGAAGGAAAGUUUAGCAAUUUUUUUCAUUGCUUCUAAAAGAGUAUUCUUCUCCCAUGAACUGUACUCAGUAAAAAUUAGAGGGGAUGGUGCCUUUAUAAUGUCAGAUACAAUUUGUGGAUUUAAGAGUGGUGGUUUUUCUUAGGUUUUGGAGUUUGGAUUUCAUUUUUUUCUAACCUAAGCCUCAAAACAUUUUUCAUGCAUGCUUUCCAGAGCCUAAAAAAGAGGUGAGUUAUUAGAAUUAAAGAUUAUUUUUAUAAAGGUUAUUUAUAUAACAGAAACUUAUUAAUAUAUAUUUCUUUAUGUUGAUUUUCUGUCAUGUUAAUUCCACAGACGACUACUUUGUCUAACAGCCAGAUUUAUAUAAACCACUAGACUGAUGCAGUGACUUGUAGGAUCAGGUUUAAAGAUUCCCGUGCCAGUCCAGGCAUGGCUUCUCUGUAUGUACUGAGACUCCACGACUCUAGAACCAGCUCAGAUGCAGCCAUUCCAUAGGCCCUACAUGGCAUACGUUUACUGCAUACUAAAAUCCAUUAUUACUCAGCACUCGCUGAGAUGGAUUUGGGGAGCUUUCUAUGAUAAGUUGAAGAGAGCUGGAUAUGUAAGCCUACAGUUCACAUGUUCAGAAGGCUGCUGAGCUACAGCAGCUGCACAGAGUUUUGCACUUGCAGUUGGCCUCUGAGAUCAGGCUAGGGCCUGCAAGUCCUUGUCUGUGUCAUCACAAAGCGGAGGGGGAGUUCUUUUGAAACUGGUAACACUUGCUUCCAAAUAAAUAUGACUUGUGAUCAGGAUGCUCAGUUUCCAUUGUCUACAACUGCCUUUUCCACCCUCCCAUCUGCCAAAUCUAUCAGGCUAUAACUCCCAUCAUCUCUAUCCGGUAUAGCUAACUGCUGUGUGGUGGGAGUUAUACUCUUAACAUAUCUGGAGGGUGCCAG